CUGUGCGCGGUGCGGAGAGGUCUCGCGUUGCGGGCGUCUGGACUUUAAAAGCGGGCGUCACCUCGCGUCUCCGCAUCAGCAUCUUCAGAGAGAGGACAGCCGAAACACUCGCGAACACCCGGUGCUGGCGAUUUAUCGUUUGCAAUGAUGUCACUGCAGAAGCCUCCCCUCAGACGCAGCGCAUCGACCGUAGAAUCGACCAAUCACAGCGGCCCGUUGUUGACUCCGCCCUCCUCUCUCAAUUUACGCUCCUCCCACAACCAGCAGCUGAGCUGCGACACCAUAAAGGAGGGCGUGGUCGCGGUUUCCAAGGAAGCGCAAGGCUCUGCGAAAAGUCGUCAAAACUACGCAUUGACGAAUAUUCAGAACGCAAUGGGUUUGAGCCAAAGCCACGCCCCCGUGCACUUUAAACCCGCCCCGACCAAAUCCGCCUCGUCGUCGUCUCUCUACUGCUCCUCGCUUUCCUUUUCCACAUCCAAUCCCAAACUGGCCAAGAACGGCACUAACCUCCAGCUGAAAGAGGAGCAGAUGGACCUCAACAAGAACGACAAGAACCUCCUGAGCAGGAGCAGCUGCGAUUGGCUGGAGGGGAAGGACAACCAGAAGAACCCAACAUUCAGAAGGAGGACCAAGAGCUUUCUCGAGUACCAUCGGGAGGAGGAGGCGUCCAGCAGUCCUAAUAAAGACACGCAUGUCGAGGAGAAGCACCUCCUGCCGAAGCUGGAGGCGCAGACGUGGGCUAAAGAGAACCAUGUGGAGGUUCACCUCACGCUCCCGCAGAACCACCUGCUCCUGCUGGCCAGCGAAGAGGAGGAGGAGGAGGAGAGUCCAGAACCGGCGGACGUUUACCAGCACGUGCUCCGGCCGAACAACGAGCGCGUGAGCCGCGUCAGAGACGGCCCCAGAGAUGGGAACGUCGCUUCUCCGAGCGGAAAGAUCCAAAUGAUCCCGCCGUCCACGUUACGCCUGGAGCUGAGAGGAGCCGAGGACGAGGAGUCGAGCGAACGCCCGACGCGACCCGAGAAACAGCUGGAGGACGAGGAGGAGGAGGAGGACUCCAGCUGGACCACGCUGUCCCAGGAGAGUCCGUCUGUGGAAACGCCUCCGGAAACAGGAGUGUGGGAGGAGCCUCGGCUGAGGGAGUGUUUUUGGCGGGAUCAGCCUGACCUGGAGGCGGAGCCACGGGCGAAGGGGGCGUGUCUUCCUGUGCCCUGCUCUAAAGCUCAGACGGAGCGGCCCAGCAGUAUCGUGUCGGACAGCUCUGUGGAGCCCGUUCCUUCGUCCGCCUCGUCACCCUCCUCUUCCUCGCUGUGUUACGAGGCGAUGGGACGCGCCGCCAGUUUCCUCAACAACAACUACCUGGACCUGACGGAGACAUGCGACUCCCGAGAGAAGCGUCGCGAGCGCGAGCGACAGGAGGAGCGCGAGAGAGAGCGCCAGAUGAACCGAGAGAGUUUAGGAGCUCACGGCGGCCCGUACAGCUUCAUCAACCACAGAGCUAAAGUCCCAUCAGCCCCUGCAGACACCGUCAUACCCAUCAACGACCUGGACACGCAGGUGUUCUGGGUCCAGUAUCUGGGCUGGUUGGAGGUUCGGGAGGCAGACGUGACGUGUGGGAAGAGCGGCUCGACGGUCAGCGACUGCAUCCAGCAGCUUCAGCGACGCAGGGAGAACGACAGCGACCGGACGAGGAGACAGACGAUGCUACUGGUCCUGCAAGAUGUCACUCUCAGCCUCAUCGACGCCACUGACCACACCCUCCUGCACUCUCAGCCAAUCAGCUGCAUCCGCGUUUGGGGAGUGGGGCGGGGCCUCAGCAGGGAUUUCGCGUAUGUGGCCCGUGACAAGAACACGCGUGUGUUGAAAUGCCACGUGUUUCAGUGUGAGAGUCCUGCAGAAACCGUGGCCAGCAGCCUGAAGCUGAUCUGCUCGACGAUCAUGGCCGAGCGCAAGAGUGUGUGUGCCGGCGCAGGAUCCUCGUCUCAGUUCAGUUCAGAUGUUCCUCUGACAGUAGAGUUUCCAACACCAAAGACUGACCAACAACACAGUUUCCAUGUGUUUUACCUGGGAAUGACAUCAGUACUGAGACCGAUAGGCAUGGACAUGAUAAACGCCGCGGUGGAGAGUCUGAUGUCCUCGGCGGGGAAAGAGGAUUGGACGCCCGUCCUGCUCACCGUCGCCGACGCCACCAUCACUGUCAGCAAAGAGAAGGAAGAGGAGCAGGAGGUCAUAGUGGAGUGUCGAGUGCAGUUCCUGUCUUUCAUGGGUGUGGGACGCGACGUUCAUACGUUUGCCUUCAUCAUGGACACGGGAAACCAGCACUUCCAGUGUCACGUGUUCUGGUGCGAACCCAACGCGGGGAGCGUGUCGGAGGCCGUGCAGUCGGCCUGUGUGCUGCGGUAUCAGAAGUGUCUGGGGAAGACGGGCUCCUCGACUCCGGCUCCUAGCGACUCUGUCACUCGCCGCGUGACGUCCAGCGUGAAGCGCGGCGUCCAAUCAAUCAUAGACACUCUGAAAAAGAAGCCCGCCCCCGAGGUUCCCUACCAAUGACGGAGCAGAACAGCUGUGAUGGACAGCAGGUGUGUGUAUGUGUGUUUACUGAUCCAGUCGAGAAGAGAAACACACAACAUAACCACAACAAAAGACUGUAAGUGUAAUGCAAGAUGUCGCUGUGCGCAACGAGAAGCUUCUCGAGCGGCGACUGUCCUGAAUGAAGCAUGAGUUUGCCUUACACUGACACAUUUUCACUCAAGUGUUUCGAAGGAGUCAGAGUUCAUGUCAUCACCGUCAACGGUCACGCUCAGAUCAAUGUAACUCAGUCUUUACACGUGUGACCUGGAUUCAAGCUAUAAGUGUGUUUCAUUUCAAACCACUCAUUCAAUGUGACUCGUCCACAUGAGGAAAUUGGAUCCUUUGAAAUUUUGGUUUCUUUCCCCAAGAAAUUUAGAGGGAAUUUUCUGGUGUUUGGUAGCAGGAAAAGGGGAACGUGUGUGUAAAAUGUUUUAGCAAGCACACAUGAGUUCACACAUAUGCUGUAACCACAAGUUCUGACCACACAAAUACACUUAUGCUUCAUUUAAACUAAGGCCUGAGAGAUUCCCUGUGCAAGUACGCAAAUGCAGACAUGAACGCUUUGCAAACAUGCGCUCCUUUUGUACACACACACAACACGAGACCUCAAUACUGUCCAUUAAACGUCUAAAUGACAUGAAA